AUGAUUAUCUCCGAUUAUAAAGCAUUGCGUUGGUUGACGAAGGAUCUGACAUCAUUAUACCAUGUGAAAAAUUUUCAAAACCUAGUCAGUGAUCAAUUGCUUUUUCUUCACAAUAAACCACCGAUUGGUCAUUUAAAUAUCAAUGAGCAUUUCUUAUUCUUCAAUAGGACAAACAAAAAUUUAUCCAAGGAUGGAUACUUCAAAGAUAUAUCACCUGAACAAUUGAUGCCAAAAUACAAGGAUCAAGCGUUUAAGAGACGUAUGUGGGCAAAGGGUUCAAUCAUACAAUAUGAACCACUUAAAUUCAAUCAUGAGUAUACAUGUUUGGAACAUGUUAAGAAUGUGAAGUCCUAUAGGGGCGAUACUUUUGUAUCCAUUAACCGUGAUAUCGUAGACAUAAAUCGACAAGUUAAAUUAUUAACUGAAAUAAGAACUUUAAUAUAUACGAAUUCAAUACCAAGACCCAAUAAUAUAAUUAAACAUGUAAAUAAUACGGAGGCUGACACUGUAAUUGGUCAAUUCACAUUCAAUGAAAUGGAUAUUAUUAGAUAUAGUCAAUUGACAUUAAAUCCACAUAGAAUACAUUGGGAUAAAAUUCAUGCGGUACAACACGAACUAUAUGAUGAUAUAAUAGUCCAGGGACCCUUCAGUACCCAGAUUCUUACACUCUUUGCAGAAUCAUAUAUCGGUCAACCGAUUCAUAGUUUGAAUUAUCGAAAUUUAAAUUAUAUCUAUCCUGGAACUACUGUAGAUAUAUGUCUCAGGAUCAACGAUACUGAUGAAACCUAUCAAUUCUACAUGAGGGAUUCUCAAAAACCUGAGAAAGUAUACCUAUUUCUUCAAGUCGGAUCUCCAUAG